AUGCUUAACUAUAAGUCACGCCUCUCAUCCACAGGCUCCGGCUUUGAAGCGAACUACCGUGUGACCCCAAGCUUUCUACCUCGACACGUCCUCGUCAAAACCUAUAUCGCUGCCGUCAAGUAUCGAGGCCCCAAUAUGGGUUCAACAGGCGUGCUGAACCGACCGGGGGAGUUCUGGGAACAAUCCACAGCCAAAUGGCAACAAUCUACCACUAAAUGGCAGCAGUCAACGACGGAAGCAUUGCGUCGGUCUGCCAGCGCAUGGCACGAAUCCAAGGAUCGAUGCCAUCAAACCACCAUGGAAGCCUGGCACAAGUCAGCAGACUCAUGGAAUCACUCCAAGCAUAUGUGCCGCCAGUCAACUGCAGGCAUGUUGGCUCGGUCGGCAAACAGAAUCUACCAGUCAACAGACCGAUUACAACACAUGAAUCUUCUUGAGCAUCACGCCGAUCAGAUGCAGCCCGCGACCGAGCAGAGUCCGAAACCAGGUGACUUAGCUACAGAAAAUAUUUCUCAGACCUCAACAUCACCACAAGCUGUGCAAUCAGCAGAAACUAGAUCCUUGCCGGAGGCCUCGAAGUCGUCGAAACCCGAGAGAUCAACACCGUCACCUCCAUCGCAAUCCUAUCCCGUGUCCUCUAUAUCCUCCCCCUCUACCCAAUCUCCACAAUCCCCAUCUGAGACCGGUACCGAUUCAACAGCAUCUUCCUCUCUGUCGGUCGAUCUGUCAAUAAAAAGGCGGCGUCCGGAUGAGCAGAUUCGGGGGUUGCUCAAAUUUACCGAUCACGUUUCCUCGCAAGUCCACAAGGCCAAGCGGCUUAGGGAUUCAAAGUCAAGUCAACUAGGCGAAAUUGAACAUAAUUGGAUCAAUUCGACCAUUGUCGAUGCAGAUGACUCGGCCCGGGAACUGGCCGAUCUUCUUGAGUUAUGCCGGUUGGAUAUGGCGAAGCGCAAGGGGAAAGGCAAGAUUAGUUCGGCAAACCGGAAGCAGUGGAAGCUUCAGAGCCGAGGGCGCGCCGAGGAAAAGCAAUCUCGCUUGGUUCGAUAUCAAAGCCGAUUGGAUCGAGUACUGAAUCAUCUCGAGAACCUCAAAAUGCGUCAGGAAACUUCGGUUCAGGAACUGGCGAGAGAGAGCGCUGCCGAACUCUCAGUCGCGGAGACAAUAGCAAAGUCUGCUGUAGAGCUGUCAAACGAUACGUUACACGAUUCAGUUGCAGAGCUGCCAAGUUCCGUGUCACCGAAACCGAAAAAUUCUGUAGCGGAACUUCCAUCGUCAUCCGGUACAAUAAUGCGAAAGCCUGUGCCGAUCCUUGCAGAGCUACCCGGAGAUUCUGGGGUAUGCAUACAACCCACGCAUACCGCAAGGAAUAUACCCAAAAUCAUCGUUACGAACACCCCAGAUGAAUCAUUCUUUACCCUGGUGGGAAGUCCAGAUACACCCAACGGAACCCAUGAAAGUAGGGAAUUGAACGAACUUCUGUCCUGGAAAGAGACACGAAAUAGCAUUCGCUUGCAGCAAUCAGAGGCACUCUCAAAGAUUGUGUCCGAUAUGGAUAGCUCGAGGUCAAAAUGA